AUGUUUUUCAACCUGAAAUCAAAUCGAGGAUCGAUGAAGCGCAGAAUGAUGUUGAUUGGACUGUGGAUCAUGAAUUCCAUGACAACUCAUUUACUUGUUUCCUUCUGUUUUAAAAAUUGUUCUUACAAACGAAUCGAGCCAAACGAGGUUGCUCUUGAAUGGAUGGUGAAAAGAAAGAAAGGAAAACCAAGAAGGCGAAUGAAGAAUAAAAGUUGA